CGCACACCGAGUUUCUCUCGCCUCCCCGAACCUCUUCCCUCCUAGCCUCUCCCACACUUCCACACUACCUACUCCCACCUCACUCAUGGCAGGAGGUCCAGCUGCUGCUGGCGGUCCCGUCAUUGGCUCCGGCGCGUCUAAGAAUGCAGCUGCAGGUAUUGUCAUGAGCGCCUUCGCGGCUUUCGGUGGCAUUCUCUACGGUUAUGACACGGGUAUCAUCAACGGUGUACAGGCUAUGGAGGAUUGGCUCCGCACAUUCGGAGAGCCUACGACGGAUUUGACCGACUUCCCUGGCGGCUUUGGUAUUACGACUGGUCAGAGGUCGCUUGUUGUAUCCAUCCUCUCCGCCGGCACCUUCACUGGUGCGCUCAUUGGUGCUCCCGUCGCUGAUAUUCUUGGUCGUAAAUGGGGUAUCAUCUUCACUUGUCUCGUGUUCUCCGUCGGUGUUGCGAUGCAAACCGCUUCGACCGCAUUGCCGCUAUUCAUUGUUGGCCGUGUAAUUGCUGGUAUUGGUGUUGGCCAGGUCUCGGUCCUCGUUCCCAUGUAUCAAUCAGAAUGCGCUCCGAAAUGGAUUCGUGGUGCUAUCGUAUCCGGGUACCAGUGGGCUAUUACGAUCGGUCUUCUGCUCGCCUCUGUUGUGAACAACGCUACCGAAGGUCGGCAAGACCAUUCGUCUUAUCGAAUCCCGAUUUCCAUUCAAUUCGUCUGGGCAUUCAUUCUCGCAUCUGGUAUGGCCGUCCUCCCUGAAUCGCCACGUUGGCUCAUCAAGAAGGGUCGCGACGCGGAGGCUGCUAAGUCUCUCGGUCGUCUCACCGGAGCCUCUCCCGAUGAUCCUGCGGUCAUUGAUGAUCUCAACGAUGUCCGUUCGAACCUCGAGGAAGAGAAGAGACUUGGUACUGCUACCUAUUUGGAUUGCUUCAAGCUCGGCGAACCGAACAAGAUUUGCUUCCGUGUUUGCACGGGAAUGGCCCUGCAGGCUUGGCAGCAGCUUACUGGUAUCAACUUCAUCUUCUACUAUGGGACGACUUUCUUCCAAAACUCUGGCAUCAAAAAUUCUUUCCUCAUCUCCGUUGCUACGAACGUCGUCAAUGUGUUCAUGACUCUUCCGGGCAUGUGGGGUGUUGAGAGGUUCGGUCGUCGCCGUUUGUUACUUGUCGGUGCUGUGGGCAUGUGUGUGUGCGAGUUCAUUGUCGCUAUUGCUGGUGUCACUGUGCCGAAGUCGAAUCUGGCAGGGCAGAAGGUGCUCAUUGCCUUUGUCUGUAUCUAUAUUGCUUUCUUCGCAUCCACUUGGGGUCCGAUCGCCUGGGUCAUUACGGGUGAAAUCUUCCCUCUCAAUGUACGUGCAAAGGCCAUGUCUCUUGCCGUCGCGUCAAACUGGCUGUGGAACUUCGGAAUUGGCUAUGCGACACCUUACCUCGUCAACUCGGGCAAGGGCAAUGCCAACCUUCAGGCAAAGGUGUUCUUCAUUUGGGGUGCAACCUGCUUCUGCUGUAUUAUCUUCACAUACUUCUGCAUUCCGGAGACCAAGGGUCUUUCACUCGAGCAGGUCGACAUUCUGUAUCAGCACUCAACGCCGAUUACGAGCCACCGCAUUCGUGCCAAGCUCAUGGCGGAAAAUAUUCAUACAACAGAGCACGGCAAUCUCGAAGGGAAGGACGUGCACACGGAUAGCCAUUCCGAAGAGAAGGUCUAGAUGGAUCCCUUUAUCCCUUCAUCUAUAAUCUCUCACUUUUCUCCCUACCUCACCCCUCACUGACUGUCCUCUUAUGUCCCGCCGUUGUGGUGGCACUUUGCUUCGUAUAAAAUGGGUUAUGCUUUGUAAUGGGCAGAAUGCACAUACAUACAGAUCUGCAUUCAUUAUUUAAUUUUCGUCAUUAUUGUAACUCGGAUGAGUACAAUGAUCUCCUGUACUGCUUUUCAUGUUUGUUUCUGUACGCAAUUAUACGAUCAUUUCAUCCUUC